AUGGGUGGCUCCGGGGAUGAAGGCGAUUAUGCCAGGGCCUUAGAAGCUCAAAGGCGAGCAUUUGAAGCACAAUUCGGUUCGUUAGAGUCGAUGGGGUUUGACGAUAAGACAAAGAACAUUGAAGAAGAGGGAUCUGGCUCUGAGAGUGACUUGGGAAACUCUGAGAGUGAUAAUGAUUUAUCUGAUGAAAGUGUUGAUUCUGAAUUGGAAUUGGAAUCGGAAUCGGAAGCAGGAGUGGAAGUGGAAUCAGUUAAGAAAGAAGUUGUGAGAAAGGGUCCUAAAGUGAUCAAGUUUCAAGAAUCGUUUAGAGAUGGACAGUUUAUCACACCAAGUAAGAAGGAGCAAAAACUGGUAAGAAGCGGUAAGACAUUGACACAGGUUAAAAAGACCGAGUUAAAGCAUGCAAUGGAGGAACUAGACAAGAACGAAGAUAGUGAUGAGAAUGAAGAACUAGAAAAAGAAAAUUUGGAAAACGAUCUCCAGUUGCAACAGUUUUUAAGGGAAUCUCACUUGUUGAGUUCGUUAAAUUCUGGAAGCAGUACUACAGAAGCUGGCUCCGGGGCUAGACAAACGUUACAGAACAUGGAUAGCACACAUUCUAAAGACAUUACUUUUCAAGAUGAUAUGUUGACAGGGAAAGCAAGAGCCAGAACUUUAGAAAUGAGAUUGAAUCGAUUAUCCAAAAUAAAUGGUAACGCUCAUAAGAUCGGCAAACUUGAGAAGGUCCCGAUGCAAAUUAGAAAAGGUAUGGUUAAAUCGCAUGUUACAAAGAUCAAUAGAUUUGAACAAGAAGCAAAAGAUGGUGGUAUUGUAUUGGCUAAAGUGAAGAAGGGCCAGUUCAGAAAGAUCGAUGCAACAUAUAAGAAAGACAUCGAGAGAAGAAUUGGUACAAGUAUUAAAACCAAGGAUAGACAAAGAAACAGUAUGCGUAAGCGUGGAUUAAAGAUCCAAAGUGUUGGUAGAUCGACAAGAAAUGGGUUAGUGAUAUCGAAACAGGAAAUAGCACGUAUCAACGGAACAGAUAAACCAAAACAAAAGCACAAGAAGGGAAGAAGAUAA